GCGUGUCCCGCAUUUAGUGUACCUUUGCACGUAACGCUGCACGAUUAGAUGAGUCUCGGCCUCCGUGGUGUGCUUUCGCCCGAGAAGAAUUUCGGAAGCUGUGAACAUCAUGGAAACCGUGAAAGCGAAGCGCAAGGAUAGCCAAGAAUCGAUGAAGGUUGGAAAGCAGCACGAUGUACUGCAGCAGAUACUGGAAAACAGGAGGAGGCAGGUUGGGCGGGCUGGAGGGCCGUGUGUUGGACGUCUUGAGCCGCACCGGCCCAGGCUACGCGCCGGUCGAUUUUUUUCCUGAUGACGCCGAGCAGGCAAGCUCCAGCGAGGAAGAGGCCGCUGCCGCCCAUGUGCCUCUCCCGACGGCCCCACCCCAAGUAUCCGUGGGCACAGAGCCGGGGACGAGCGGCACUGCACGACCACCACCUCGGCAGCAGCCCCAAAGACCACCUCGGCUGCAGCCCCUAAGACCACCUCGGCAGCAGCAGCUGCUAGAGGAUGCGGCCUGCAGGGCAGCAGAGGAAUGCGCGAGGCAGAGGCAGCUGGCGGAGGCUGCAAACGUGGAGGCUGUCGCCUUCCACCAGAUGCUUCUUGAGCAACACAGACAGCAUCAUCAACAACUGGUGGAGGAGCAGAGGGCCUCUCGCGUGGUGCAGCAGCAGUUGGUGGUGGAGACGAGGGGUUUGCGGGAGGCGACUGCCCUCGUCGCAGCCACCUUACGCCAGCUCGUGGCUGCCCUCGCCCGUGGCCUCCGCGAGCCGCCUCAGCCGUAGUUAUAUAUAUGUUGUUCAUUAUGUCAUUUGUUUAUUAUUUAAUGUUUCAUAAUGCAUAAUUUAUUGCAAGUUUUUUCUUAUGUUUAGUUCCACUUGCUGAGCAAGUUUGUCUCAGUGAGUGAACUGUAUGUCUAAUGUUUCAUCUUUUUGGUUAGGUGUGUGCUUUCGUUUUGUUGUUUAUGAGCUAUUUAUGUAUUCAUUGCUUUUCAAGGAACAUGUUGACUAAGUAGUCACUUUUAUUUUAGCCACAACAGUGUUUCACACACAAAUGCUGUGAUAACAGGUAUUGAAAUCCACUGUUAUGAUUUUCACACUAUAUUUAUGUUGUUUCCAAUCUUAUUUGCCCUAUGGAACCCACAAGUGGCCAUAUUAUUUAUUUUAGCAACACGUGCGUGUUACUUGCAAUAGUUAUUGUGAUAUAUCAGG